CUCUCUGUCUCUCUCUCAAAACAAUAGAGUGUGAGUGUGACCUGGAAUGGAUUUCAAAAUCGCAGGGAAAAAAAAACUGCUUUGAGAGACUUGCCAUUUCAAAUUUAAUUUCUUCGAUUCAGUUUUUGUUCCGAAUCGGAGUUACAGCACAAGGGUUUCGAUCUCUGUCCCUCUGUCUCUCUUAUUUCUCCACUUCAUAUUCUCUCAAGAAUCUCUCAGAUACGUCAAAGCUCUUCGCAGAGCCUCUUCGCUUCAAUGACCUUUUGAUCAUUGUAAGCUUUUAUGGUGUAGAAUGGAUACCGACAAUAAUUUAGUGGUUUUUGGCCAUGAAAAUGGAGUUUACAAACAACUUACUGUCUCUGGGGAGGGAGGUGUUGCCUUGGAGAAAAUAAAUGGGACCCCCAAUGGUGUUGUAGAGGUUGAAGGGUUGGAUGUGAAUUUUGAAAGUGUUGUGAAUUUGAAUGAAGAUGGAGCCAUUGACUUUUCUGCUCAAGGAGUCACUGGGGAAUCAAUAGUGCCUGCAGAAAGCAAUGGUGUGACCAUUUCUAAGGAACUCGAAUUGAAAGAAAGAGAGGAUUCAAAGCAUGUUAAAUCGCAAAAGGGUACAGGCAAGGAGAAGAAUGGGAAGCCUUCGAGCCCAAAACAUGCUGCGCCAACAUGGACCAAGAAGAGCAAAGAGCGAAAAGAUGUCAAGACAGCUUCAGCUGUUUCCAAUGGUUCUGCUGCUUCAGAUUCACAUGCGAAACAGCCUUUUGCCAUGAGAACGAAGAGUAGGUCAUUUAAUGACCAUCAGGCUGCUGACAGGAAUUCGAAACCAACACCUCCUAUAAUUAAUGCUCAUCCAUCUGAGUGUACUGGGAAGUCUGAUGCUGCAUCAUCUGCAGGCAAUGUGGUGCAGUCUGACAGCCUUCCGGAGAAGACAAAACUUAAGACAUUGAAAAAGGGUUCCUCAAAUAAAGCUGAAGGAAGCAUGCAAUCUUCUUUAAGCCCUACCACAGGAGAUGCUAAAUCCCGCAAAGUGGGUGCUCUUCCACAUUACAAUUUUAGCUUUAAGUGCAACGAAAGAGCUGAGAAAAGAAAAGAGUUUUAUUCCAAACUUGAGGAAAAGAUUAAUGCAAAGGAAAUGGAGAAGAGUAAUAUGCAAGCCAAAACCAAGGAAAGUCAGGAAGCUGAGAUUAAAAUGUUAAGGAAGAGCUUGACGUUUAGAGCUACACCAAUGCCCAGCUUCUAUCAGGAACCUCUGCCUCCCAAGGCAGAGUUAAAAAAGAUACCACCAACAAGAGCCAAAUCUCCCAAGCUCGGACGAAAGAAGAGCUCUCCUCCCAGAGACUCUGAAGAAAACAGUGACCAUAAGUGUCUACCAGGUCGGUUAAGUUUGGAUGAGAAAGUGUCCCAAAACAAUCCCGCAAAAGGACCUUCUUCAGUAGGUGUUAAGAAACCUCUACGGAAGUCCCUUCCUAAGCUGCCGUCUGAAAAAACCAGCUUAUCUAUUACAAAAAAUGAUGCUAAAUCUCAGAAGACCACCUCACCCAACAAAAAAACGAACUCAUUCAUUGAAAUGAAUGUAGCUGCAUCUCAUAGCCAAGAGCAGGAGGCAGCUCCAGCCACCGAGUCAAGUGAAACUCAGCCAAAAACUGUUGAUGUCUCUGUAGUUGAAGACGAAGUCCAAACCACCUCGGGGAAAGAACCCAUUGCAUUGAAUCAGUAA